AUGCUGCUCCUGGGACUGGGCACUUGGAAGUCAUCUCCAGGCCUGGUGACUGAGGCUGUGAAGGUAGUGAUUGACCUUGGGUACUGCUAUAUCGACUGUGCUCAGGUGUACCAGAAUGAGAAGGAGGUGAGUGUGGCCCUUCAGGAGAAGCUCAAGGAGCAGGUGGUGAAGCACCAUGAACUCUUCAUGGUUAGCAAGCUGUGGUGCACGUUCCAUGACAAAAGCCUGGUGAAAAGAGCCUUCCAGAAGACCCUUAACAAUCUGCAGCUGGACUACCUGGACCUCUACCUGAUUCACUGGCCAAAAGGCUUGAAGCAUGGUGAAGACUAUUUUCCGUUGGAUGCGGCAGGCAGCGUGGUUCCCAGUGACACUGAUUUUGUGGACACCUGGACGGCCAUGGAAGAGCUGGUAGAUGGAGAGCUGUUGAAACCAAUUGGCAUCUUUAACUUUAAUCAUCUUCAGGUUGAGAGGAUAUUAAACAAACCUGGCUUGAAAUAUAAGCCAGCAGUUAACCAGAUUGAGUGACAUCCAUACCUAACUCAGGAAAAGUUGAUCCAAUACUGCCAUUCCAAAGGCAUUGUGGUGACUGCCUACAGCCCCCUUGGCUCUCCCGACAGGCCCUGGGCCAAGCCUGAGGACCCUUCCCUCCUGGAGGAUCCCAGGAUCAAGGCGAUUGCAGAGAAGUACAAUAAAAGGACAGCCCAGUUG